GUACAAUCUACAAGCACUGAAAUCAACUCUUGCGUAGCAUACAACCAUGGAUCUCGCCACUCUUAUCCCUUCUUUUCUCUCUCUCUAAAUUCACUCCUACUCGCCUUCUCCCACAGACUCCAUGCUUCUUCCACUUGCCUUUCACUCUCUACAUUUCCAAUCUCGAGAGUGAGAGAACCAAAACCCAAAUGGGAAUUUGCACUGCCCCAUUGGAUUUCCUCCCUCACCAUGCUUUCUCUCUCUUCUCUUCAAAUGGGUCUUCUUCUUCUAGGUCGAUGGUGGCUUCUGGCCAUGGUGGGAGCCUGUUUCUCUCUCCUAAAACGGUGAGAAGGGCCUGUGUUUGUUCAACUUCGAGUGCUGAUACAUUGACGACUUCUUCCAGGACUGGAGGGGGGAAUUCUCGUGUUCUGGGAUCCAAAGAAGGUGAAAUCGAUCUCAAGUCAUGGAUGCACAGUCAGGGGCUUCCUCCUUGUAAAGUUUUGUUGAGAGAGAAGCCUUCUCAUGAUGAGAAGCAUAGGCCUAUUCACUAUGUUGCAGCUAGUGAGGAUCUUCAGGCAGGGGAUGUAGCAUUCUCAAUUCCAAACUCUCUCAUUGUGACACUUGAAAGAGUUCUGGGAAAUGAACAUAUUGCGGAAUUGUUGACAACUAACAAGCUCUCAGAAUUGGCCUGUUUGGCACUAUAUCUCAUGUAUGAGAAGAAGCAAGGGAAGAAGUCUUUUUGGUAUCCAUUCAUCAGGGAGCUUGAUCGUCAACGAGGAAGAGGGCAGCUGGCUGUUGAAUCCCCUCUUUUGUGGUCUGAAAGUGAACUAGCAUAUCUAACUGGCAGCCCAACUAGGGCUGAAGUUCUAGAAAGAGCGGAGGGUAUCAAGAGAGAAUAUGAUGAACUUGACACAGUUUGGUUUAUGGCUGGUUCAUUAUUUCAGCAAUACCCAUAUGAUAUACCAACUGAGGCUUUCCCCUUUGAAAUAUUCAAACAAGCUUUUGUUGCAGUCCAGUCCUGUGUUGUACAUUUGCAGAAUGUCAGUUUGGCUCGUAGGUUUGCUUUAGUUCCUUUGGGGCCUCCUCUUCUUGCAUAUAAAAGCAAUUGCAAGGCAAUGUUGACAGCUGUAGAAAAUGCUGUUCAGCUGGUAGUUGACCGUGCAUACAAGGCUGGAGAAGCAAUUGUUGUCUGGUGUGGACCACAACCAAAUUCGAGGUUACUUUUGAAUUAUGGUUUUGUGGAUGAAGAUAAUCCUUAUGAUCGCCUAUUUAUCAAGGCCUCUCUCAAUACAGAUGAUCCUCAAUAUCAGGACAAACGAAUGAUUGCACAACGAAAUGGGAAAUUAACUGUGCAAGCCUUUCAUGUGUAUGCUGGAAGAGAAAGGGAAGCUGUCACGGAUAUGCUGCCAUACAUGCGAUUAGGCUAUGUUUCAGAUCCUUCAGAGAUGCAUUCAGUUAUUUCCUCCCAAGGCCCUAUUUGUCCUGUGAGUCCCUGCAUGGAAAGAGCAGUUCUUGACCAGCUCGCUGGCUAUUUCAAAGAUAGGCUUGCUGGCUACCCUACAACCUCAUCUGAAGAUGAAGCCCGGUUGUCAGAGAGCAAUGUGGAUCCAAAGAGAAGGGUUGCAACUCAGCUUAUAAGGCUGGAAAAGAGGAUGCUCAAUGCAUGUCUUCAGGCCGUGGAUGAGCUAAUAGAACAGCUACCAGAUCAAACUACAUCUCCAUGUCCUGCACCUUAUGCUCCUUUGCUUAAAUGAAUGCAAUUCCAUGUACCUGGCACGAAGCAGCUUGGGAAAGGGUCGGACACAAUUGUAAGAGAGAUCAGGUGAGCCCAACAUAUUAACCAUGAUGCAUUAUUCUGUAAUUAUAAUCUGAUUUCUGAAGAAAAUAUAUCAUGGAAUAGCAGCUCUAUUAUCUAUGGUUGGGUGGUGCCUAGUUCUCUGUCAACCACCUCUUUCGCGGCGGUUGGGUGGCAGCAUGCGGUAAUAUGAGUGCCAUGUAUUUAUGUGUAUCAUUUCAUUUCCCUCAAUUAUUUUGAUUCGACUGAAGAUUGUCAUUUCAUUUCCUUAAAUUUUUGGUUGGGCUCGGAGAGUAUCAUUUCAUUUAUGUCAAA